AUGACCAAUGGAACCAUAACCCAUGGAACCAUGACCAAUGGAACCAUGACCGAAACGGUAAAAGUAAUCGUCAAGGCGCCGUUGAACGUCGUCAAGGCGCCGUUGAACGUCGUCAAGGCGCCGUUGAACGUCGUCAAGGCGACGGGGUUACCUGCCGCUAACUACGGGUGGGAUAACUACGACCACUGCCGCCAAGGGUGGGUCGAACCUCCACGGAAAAGCGCUCGCUGA